AUGGCGUCCACCGACACAUCGACAGCAAACCUCCCCAAGGAACCUCGGGUCCAGCAGGAUGCUUCUUCCCACACAAUCAGCUCCUCCAAGCCCCAACCUACGGCCAACCAGCAAGAGGUCGAGAAGCGGCGCCCGUUGGACAAUGGUAUGGUCCCAGAGCAACCGCCGCGCCUCUACUGGGUGCGCGCACUCGUCCUGAUCUUUGUCCCGUCCAUCGUCACGGCCUACUACGGAGUCAUCUGGGUGCAGCUCGUGCAAAACAGCGUCCACGACGAAGCCGCCAAGUACCGCAGCUACUCAGGAUCCCUCAUCUUCUACUCGUGGUUCCUCAUCGGUGUCUUUGGCCUGUUAGGGUUAGGUUAG